AUGGCGGGAGAUGAGCCCCUUCUGGCCCCGCGCCUUUCCUCCGACCACUCCUCGGUCAGAAAUGCCGAAGAGGAAGAUGCACUCUUGACCGGCGAGCGGACGGGUCGCCGUCACGAACUCCCACGACGGGGUUGGGGCUUUUGGGGACAGGUCGGGACGUUUGUUUGGGCAGUCAUCGCAACCAUCUUGGUGAUCGUCCUCGCGGUGGUCUACCAGCAUGAGACAGCGAAGAGUCACCGUACCACCAAGGACGCCUGGGGCCCUGAUGGCAGACCGUCCGGCAAGCGCAACCUGAUCUUCAUGGUCUCUGAUGGCAUGGGGCCUACCAGUCUGUCGAUGACCAGGAGUUUCCGACAAUUGACAGAGGGCCUGCCCAUCGAUGAUACUUUGGUAUUGGACAGGCACCACAUCGGCCAGUCCCGGACGCGAUCUAGUAACAGCCUGGUGACGGACUCGGCGGCCGGUGCGACGGCAUUCUCUUGUGCGCACAAGAGCUACAAUGGAGCCAUCUCCGUGCUCCCAGACCACUCCCCGUGUGGCACUGUGCUCGAGGCCGCUAAGCUGGCGGGCUAUCAUACCGGGCUGGUUGUCACGACCCGCAUCACAGACGCAACUCCGGCAUGCUUUGCUUCACAUGCCAAUCUGCGUCAGUACGAGGACAGCAUCGCGGAGCAGGAGGCUGGUGAGCACCCGCUGGGCCGGGUUGUUGACCUGAUUCUGGGCGGUGGGCGGUGCCAUUUCCUACCAAACUCCACGGAUGGCAGCUGCCGCGGCGAUGACCGCGAUAUCGUCGACCUUGCUUCGAAGAAUGGGUUCACCUACUUGCAGGACCGAGUUGCUUUUGAUGCCCUAAAUGGCGGCACUGAAGCCAAGCUGCCUUUGAUGGGCCUCUUCGCGCAGACGGACAUUCCUUAUGAGAUCGACCGCCGCUCACAGAACGACGUUUAUCCUUCCCUGGAGGAGAUGGCUCGCACGGCUUUGACGACUUUGAGCGAGGCGACUCGGGAUAGCGAACAGGGCUUCUUUCUGAUGAUCGAGGGGUCUCGCAUAGAUCACGCCGGUCACGGAAACGACCCCGCUGCGCAGGUCCACGAAGUCAUUGCCUACGACAAGGCUUUCGCUGCUGUCCUUGAAUUCCUGGAGAAGGAUGAGACACCCGGUGUGCUUGUUAGCACCUCCGAUCACGAGACCGGUGGUUUGGCCGCCGCUCGACAGCUUCACAAGAGCUACCCCCAGUAUCUCUGGCUGCCCCGUAUUCUGGCCAAUGCCGAACACUCCAGCGAGUACGUUGCCGCCAAGCUGAGCAAGCAUCUCUCCGAGGCCGGCAAGAACGACGAUGACUCGAAGAAGAAGGCCUAUAUCCGCCAGACGCUGCUGGAGAAGGACCUUGGUAUCAGCGAUGCCACCGAUGAGGAGGUUAAUGCCCUGCUCAACCCUGAACCCGAGGUGUCUCCCCAGUAUGUCUUUGCAGACAUGGUCAGCCGCCGCGCGCAGAUCGGCUGGUCUACUCAUGGACACUCCGGUAAGAUUGACCCCCCGCCCCCCGGGUGGCACACCUCAGUACACAUCCCUGCUAAUACUAUUUACGCAGCUGCUGACGUCAACAUCUAUGCAUCCUCCUCCAAGGAUGCCUGGCCCUUGGUCGGUAACAACGAGAACACUGAUGUGGGCGCCUUCCUUGCCGAUUACCUGGACCUCGACGUCGAAGCCGUCACCAAGCGCCUCCAGUCUGCCGCCUACUGGACUAUGUCUGGCGAGGAGUCUACCACCCAAGAAAAGUACAACUGGAUGGGGGAUCCCCACGGCUCAUCCGUGCGGACCGAGGGCCUGGAUACGUACCACGGGGACUUCAAGAAGCGAUCGCUUGACGACUGCGGAUGUGGCGGAGUCCACUAG